AUGGCGAAGCCCAAAUCUCCUGUCCUACCCAUCGUAGCGCUCCCCCGAGACCUCGUACUCCUCCCCGGCAGUACCCUGCGAAUACCCUUGCAAUCGCGUCCGGAUAUUGCAAACCUCCUCGCCAGCAUCUACAGCCGAGCGACGACACCAAAACCUGAGAACGCAGUCACGAUCGGCUGCGUGCCGCUUUGUUCGCCACAGCUUAGCCGGGAUGGGAAGAAGUUAAUAGAGGAUGGCAAGGGCAGUCGGAACGAUGCACAGUACAGCGAGGAUCCAGCGCAGGCGAGCCCCAAGGACCUCUUCGGUUAUGGGACAACAGGGAAAGUGUCGGGCGUGCAGGGGCGCCGGCAAGGGGAGCUGAGUUUGGUGGUGGAGGGCGUCAGUAGGUUUAAGCUGGGGAAGGUAAUUCAAGAGAAGCCGUUCUUGGAGGCAGAAAUUAUAUACCACGAGGAUGAAGUGGACGUGGCGAAUCUCGCUAUACAGCAGCUCUUCGCGGACUUGAAGCAAAGCGCAAGAGAACUGCUGGCGCUUGUGCGGCUCUCCUCUCUCUUCCCACGCAGUUCGGCCCUUCCACUAUCGCCUAUACUCGCGCGCCGGUUCGAGCUAUACAUUGCACGGAAGGACAUCGAAGACGCGGGUGUUCUUGCGGAUUUCAUGUCAAACGUGGCAGAUUGUACAAACGACGAGAAGCUACAGAUACUCUCGGCGCUGUCAGUAAAGGAUCGCCUUGAGAAAGCCAUCGAAGUCCUUCAGCGACAAAUCUCAAGCGUUCAGGGCAAUAGCCGGAUCAUGACAAUCCAAACCCAAACUCCGCCGGCUGCACAGGGCGGAUUGGAUAUGGACACACUGCGCAAGCUGCAACAGUCAGCACUUCUGCGGAGAGGAGGCCAGUCAGGACCAGCCGGUAUGAGUGGACUACCAGGAUUCCCUGGCGCCGGUCAGGGAGACGAAGAGCCGAAUGAAGUGGCAGAGCUGAAGAAGAGAUUAGAAGAGGCUGGUCUCAGUCCGGAGGCAGACAAGGUCGCUCAGCGUGAGCUACAGCGGUUAUCGAAGAUGAAUCCGGCGCAAGCCGAGUACCAAGUCUGCCGAAACUACUUGGAGAAUCUGGCGGAAAUACCGUGGUCUAAGAUGACUGAGGACAACCUUAACACAGAGACGUUGUCGCGCGCACGAAAGCAGCUGGACGACGAUCACUACGGCUUGGAGAAGAUUAAGAAGAGACUACUGGAGUAUCUGGCAGUGCUCAAGCUCAAGCAAGCCGUCAACACAGAUCUCGAGGCGCAAAUCAAACGACUUACGGAAGGCGCAAAAGCAGUCGACGAGAAGGACCUGAAUCCAAAAAGUAUCCCAUCUACUGAUAGCUCCGAGUCCCGUGCUGCAAGUGAUGCGGAGCUCCAGCUCAUGAAAAAGAAGCGAAUGGUCGACAAGUCACCGAUAUUACUGCUUGUUGGCCCUCCAGGCACGGGCAAGACCAGUCUCGCAACAUCUGUAGCUACAGCACUUGGCCGCAAAUUCCAUCGUAUUUCGCUCGGCGGCGUACGAGAUGAGGCAGAGAUUCGCGGCCACCGUAGGACUUACGUCGCGGCAAUGCCGGGGUUGAUUGUGAAUGGCCUCAAGAAAGUCGGAGUCGCAAACCCUGUCUUCCUCCUCGACGAGAUCGACAAGCUCGGCAUGUCAAACUUCCACGGCGAUCCUUCGGCAGCCAUGCUCGAGGUGUUGGAUCCGGAGCAGAACCAUACCUUCACAGACCACUACGUCAACAUACCCAUCGAUCUGUCCAAGGUUCUGUUUAUCGCUACCGCCAACUCCCUCGAUACCAUUCCCCCACCGCUGCUUGACCGCAUGGAGACCAUCCAGCUCUCCGGCUACACUACCCUUGAGAAACGCCACAUCGCCACACGCCAUCUCCUUCCGAAGCAGAUUACCACUAACGGCCUCACCGCCGACCGAGUGCAACUCACAGACGAAGUCCUCGACAAGAUUAUCACCUCUUACACCCGCGAGUCCGGCGUCCGCAACCUCGAGCGCGAAAUCGGCGCCGUCUGCCGCUUCAAAGCGGUUGAGUACUCCGACGCAAAGGACACCUCGCAUCUGGAGAAGUAUAACCCCUCCGUCUCCCUAGACGACCUAGAGAAUAUCCUCGGCAUUGAGCGCUUCGACGAAGAAAUCGCCGAGACAACCUCCCGCCCAGGCGUCGUGACGGGCCUCGUCGCCUACUCCACCGGCGGCCAGGGCAGUAUCCUCUUCAUCGAGGUGGCCGACAUGCCGGGCACAGGGCGCGUGCAGCUGACUGGAAAGCUGGGCGAUGUGCUGAAAGAGAGCGUAGAGGUGGCGCUGACGUGGGUCAAGGCGCAUGCCUUUGAGCUUGGGCUGACACACGACGAGAGCGAGGACAUCAUGGCGAAGCGGAGCGUGCAUGUGCAUUGUCCCAGCGGCGCUAUCCCAAAGGAUGGACCCUCUGCGGGGCUGGCGCACACAAUUGCGCUGAUUUCGCUGUUCUCCGGGAAGGCGGUGCCGCCUACUAUCGCGAUGACGGGGGAGGUGAGCUUGAGAGGGAAAGUCACGCCUGUAGGGGGCAUCAAGGAGAAGCUGAUUGGGGCGUUGAGGGCGGGGGUUAAGAUGGUGCUGCUUCCCCAGGCGAAUAGGAAGGAUGUUAAAGAUCUGCCGGAUGAGGUCAAGGAGGGCUUGGAGAUUGUGCAUGUUCAGCAUAUUUGGGAGGCGAUGAGGCAUGUGUGGCCUGAUACGCAUUGGCCGGGCGAGAGGGCUUGGACUGGGUUUGAGAGCCGUUUGUAG